AUGGCUCAAUUUGAGGUUGAUCAGGAGAUUAAAAUUGAACAGUAUUUUGCAGCUUGGUGGUCUGGCAAUGUGGAAUCCAAUGAAGUCAGCAGCGCCAUUACCACAGUCUUUUUUAUUUCCAGUCACCGCCCUCAGGAAUCCAAUGAAGUCAGCAGCGCCAUUACCACAGUCUUUUUUAUUUCCAGUCACCGCCCUCAGUUCCAGUUGUGGGUUCGAUUUGAGAUUUUAUUUCAGUGUGAUGCUUAUGGAGGGAGCUUACUGAUGAUGAGGAUCAUUGCGACUUGCCUGAGGUUAAAGAGGGGGUACUUGCAGGAAAACACAAAAAGGCAUAACAAGGAGUGUGUGUGGAUCAAGUGGAUAUGGAGGGGGAUCUAGAAUGAAGAGUUGCCAAAGUAUGAAGACCGGAGCCAAAUCUUGCAAAAGCACAACUUGAAGAACUGAAGAAAGAGGCUCAUAAGGAAAUGAUACACAGAAGAAAAGUUCAAGAAUGAGGAAAUGAUGGAUUUGAGUGUAUUAAAGGAGCAAUGGUGUGAAAAUGCACACAUGUUGAAGUCGUGAUAAUAAGAUAACUGUGUUUAUCGUUUGUCUCUCCUUGAACUCACUUAAGAAUCUGGACAUUCGUGUAAAUGUGGAAGCUAAUCUUAAGCAGAUUAUGGAGUGGAAGAUGGACCACUUGGUGGGGCUUUUGAUAGGUUGGAAGAAGUUGAUUUGUUUGUUUUUUGAAUAUUAGAAUGUACCUUUUUGCCCCUAAUUGGUUCCUCCUUUAAUUUCGUUGAGUUGUAGCAUUACAAUACAUUAUAGAAAUGUCAUUAUUCCUUCCAGACUAAAAUAUUUCUGCAUUUUUGGUGUUCUUUUUGUUUUUUUUGUUUUUUUGUUUUUUUUUAAUUCUUUUUGCUAUGUUUUAAGUUAGAAAUAUAGAUUGUUCAUAGUAUGUAAUAAUGUAUUUAUGAG